GAUCCUGAACCUGCUGCCAAUAUUUUACAAAUUCAAAAUUUACCACAAAAUACUACCAACAAGUCACUUUAUGAUCUUUUCCGUCCAUUUGGUCCUAUGUCUCUCUGUAAAAUUAUUGUUGAACAAGGUCAUUUCAAAGGAACCGCAUUAAUUCAAUAUUUUCGUAUCAAUGAUGCUGAACAUGCCAUCACUAUUAUGAACAAAAGAAUGAUUCAGGAGAAAAUCAUAACAGUCUUUCCUUUUGUAUCAAGCAAACGGCAACCUUCCAGUGAACAUCGUACUAAUACUGUGGAUUACACCAAUCUUUACAUCAAAAACUUGGAUUUGAGUGCUAAAAGCUCUGAUCUCUUCAAACAGUUUCGAAAAUAUGGUCAUAUCAUAUCUGCACGGGUGAUGAAGAAUACAAAAACAAAUCAAUCAAAGGGUUUCGGCUUUGUUAGUUUCCUCAGUACAGAAGAAGCUUAUCAUGCACUCCAAGAAAUGAAUGGUCGCUAUAUUCUAUCCAAGGCUAUUCUGGUGUCUUUUCAUGAACCAAAGAAAUCUCGAAAUGGCAAAUCAUCCAACAAUUCUACCACUGAUACUAAGUCAACAACUACAAAUGCAUCUACAUCACAAUCAAAUCCUUCCACAAGUACUCCAACUACUACUACUCCACAAAUGCCAUUUUCUUUCCGACCCACUUUACGACGUCGAGGAUCCAUAGAAUCGAUAUGCAGUGUGAUGACGGAUACAAGUGCUCAUACUCAGCGACAACGCAUGAUCCAGGCCGUCCUCAAAUGUGAAGAACCUUUCUCAUCAGGCCAAUUGGGAGAUAUUAUAGAUAUGUUAAUGACAUUGAAGAAAAAGGAAAGAUCUCUAUGUCUAUUCAAUCCUGACUUUUGCAAAUCCAAAAUCAAUCAAGCCAAAAACGCCUUGGAGACGUUCGAUGAAGAAGAAGAAAAAGAAAAACGACCAAAUUUAAUAACAACAACAUCAUCAUCUUCAUCUUCAUCAUCAUCAUCAUCAUCGUUACCUCCGAUGGCCAAUAGCGUUAAAAGACGAUCGUCUCAGGAAUCAGAAUCUUAUCAGGUCCAAGAAAUGGAUACUUUUCUUUCUUCUUUGGAUGGAUUAGCGACACAUGAAAAGAAACAAAAACUCGGUGAUCGACUGUUUCCUCUCGUCAAGGCGACAGGGAUCAAGCACGCACCGAAGAUUACAAUUCGAUUAUUGGAUACUAUUCCUUUACAUGAACUGGCUCAUUCCAUGUAUCAAAUCUCAAGUCUACAACAUAAAAUCGAUCAAGUCAUAUCAACCCAAUAA